AGUAACUUUAUUCGUCUGGGUACUGUGUAAGAAGUAUCUGAUUUGAAAAUAGUGUUCAUCAAAUCUAAAAAUGAUGAUUAAUACGUCUAGAUUUUCCAAAUGCCUUACAAUUUUUUUAGUGUAUAAUAUCAUGAUUAUUUUUACAGUAUCAUGCAGCGGUCCUGAUACAGUUGAAACAGAAAAACAAAUCGUUCCGGAUUUUGACUUAAUCAACAUAUCAGAUAAGGGUGACUAUUUUCAAUAUUAUUUCCAUAGUUUCUAUCACGUGGGUCAACUAAAAGUUCGUCCUCGAACUUUUUUCAAAUCAGUUUAUAAUUGCAAUUACAUGAUAUUGCCAGAAUUAGAUGAAGCUAAUGAUUAUAAUGCAUAUAGGAAAAACAUAAGAAAAGAAUUAAGUAAGUUAUAUAUUUUAGAAAAUAAAUCAGUUGGUUCUUUCGUUGCCCUUUUGGCUAUUUCGUCUGCAAUUUCGUUACCAGGUUGCCUAUUGGGAUGUUUUUUUUGUGGAUUUGCUAAGUUUGUGAGGGCGCUGAGAGAGUCUGUGUAUAUGGUUGAAGAUUGGAUAUCCGAGGAGGCAGCUAAUUCUGUGGCUUUUAAAAGAGCUAGAUAUUCUGCUGUAUAG